GGAACAUAUGGAAUGAGAUGCAGGAACGCAUGGAGCAGAGAAGGAAGGAGUGGGAUGAUGACGUCAGCAAGUUGAGGAUGGACUUCUUCAGGUUGAAACCUGAUGAGAUGCAGACGGGAUCUCCGGGAAACAGCAGCAGUAGCAGCAGCUUGCUGGAGAAGAUGGACCUGCAGGGAAUGUUCUACGACGUGAAGGAUGGCACCAAGGUCUUCAGGGUCAGCUUCGACGUCAGUCAGUUCAGCCCCGACGAGAUCAACGUCAAGACGCAGGACAACAAGUUGAUCGUGCAGGCCAAACAUGAAGAAAAAGGCGGCGACAAAACGAUCAGCAGAGAGUUCAGUCGUCAGGUGGACAUUCCAUCGAAUGUGGACCCGUUGAAACUGCAGAGCACUCUCAGCAAGGAUGGCAUCCUGCAAGUCGAAGCUCCUGUCUGCAUACCGACGUACGACACCAUAACCUCAACCGUCAACAGUGGCAACAACCUGGAACGAACCACCACCCAACAUCCAGUUACAUUCACUGACAUCAAACUAAGCAACAUCAUGCCAGGGCUUGGAUCAGCAUUGGACAAGGACUCGUGCAUCAGUGAGCAGGAGGGCAAGAAGAUCUUUCGCAUCGCUAUCGACAUUGGGACUGACUUCGUCCCUGACGACCUGAUGGUGAAGACAGUUGACAGAAAGCUUUCCGUGCACGCCAAACAUCAAGAGGUCACUGCUACCAAGACCAGCUGCAAGGAAUUUAGCAGGGAGUUUGACCUUCCAGACACAGUUGACCCAAACACAGUGACUGCCAGUUUGACGGCAGAGGGAAGGCUGCUACUGGAAGCUCCUGUCGUCACGUCCGGAUCGACAAAUCAACCACCCAACGUCGAUAUCCACUUCCGCUCUAAAUAAAGAACAACAGCAUGGAUAAUAAUAAUAAUAAUAAUAAUUAUUAUUAUUAUUAUGAAAACUCUUUCACCACUAAAAAAAUAGUUGAAAUGAGGAAAAAAUUGCUAAUACCAAAUAUAAUAAUAAUAAUUACUAUAAUAUAAAAUAUAUAGAUUAACCAUUAAAGUUAUUAAUUAUAGGUAGUAGUAGUAUUGUUUUACCGGUACCGCAGUAUUUAGAAGCAUUAGUAGAAGUAAUUGGUUCACCCGGUUUGUUAUUAAAAAUACAGAAAGUCGUUGGUGGUUGUUGGGCGUUGUCCUUUCAGGUUCACAAACCCUCAGUAAUUUGAAUUUCUACUCGGCAUAAAUGAAACUUUUGCUACUGACUGCACAUAUAUACGGGUUUUUUUUACAAAGUUUUGUACGUGUAAUGUGAUUAAACAUUCUGCGUAAUGAAUGAAAUGAUUUUUAAAAUAUUUGAAUACUUUUUCAUUCGUAUUUAUAUCUGUUUUGCAGGGAAGAAUCAAUCAGAAAAUAAACA